UGAGAGUGAGUGCAAGCAGAUGCGGGAGUGGAGCACACAUCCAGUUCUUGCUACUAGGCUCCGCCAAUGUGGACCCGUGUGAGAAGAUGUACCUACUGCUGUUGGUCUCCUUCCUCUGGAUGUCAGGCUGCUCCACUGCUCAGGAUGAAGUCACAGGUCCAAAGGAGGCGAGAGGCCAGGAGCAGGGCUCCUUGGCCGUGCAGUGUCAUUACGCCUCAUCGUGGAAGACCUACAAGAAGUAUUGGUGCCAAGGAGCCAAUUGGAGCAGCUGCAGGAUUCUUGUUAAAACUGACGAAACAGAGACGUUGAUGAAGACGGACCGUGUGUCCAUCAGAGACAAUAAGACAGACUUCAUAUUCACAGUAACCAUGGAGGAUCUCAGGAGAAGUGAUGCUGACAUUUACUGGUGUGGGAUUGAGAGAAGUGGCAUUGACCACAGGUCUAAAGUUAACGUGAUCAUUGACCCAGUGUCGACCACGUUCCCUACCACCUCCACCACCAUGUUUACAGCGCCAAUCACUGAAAAAGAGACCAAUGUACUCCCGACGAUGACCAGCUACCACUCCGAUGGCAGGCAGGGCAUCAUGGAGCUUAGUGUCCUCCUCCCGGUCAUCUCCGCGGUGCUGCUGCUUCUCCUGGUGGUGGCCUCACUGUUUGCUUGGAGGAUGAUGAGGCAACAGAAGAAGAAAGCUACUAGGUCACCUCCAGAACAGGUGCUGCAGUCCCUGGAGGGUGACCUCUGUUAUGCAAACCUGACUCUGCAAGAACCCAGAACUUUCCCUGGCAACUCUUGGGAACAGACCACCACCAAGCCCUCCUCCUCUAGCCAAAUGGAAGUGGAAUAUGUCAGCAUGGCUCCUUUUCCGAGGGAGGUUUGCUAUGCAGCUGUGUCUUUGGCAGCCUUGGAUCAGGAACCAACCUAUGGCAAUGUGGUCAGCCAUGUUCCCAGCUCAAGUCACGAGGAGUCCACAGAAUACAGCAUUAUCAAGAAGCCCAAGCCUGUGGCUGUGCCUUCCAGUCACUCUGUGGGCAGCCAAGGAGCACAUUCCUGUUCAUCUGCCUUGCUAUCCACCUCCUGAUCAGGACUAGAGUGUGAUUGGAGCUUGACUCUUUCAGCCUGCAUGGCCUCAGAUCUGCCUUGAGUUUGUAGCUCAGCCUCAGGGGCCUCCAGGGGACUAAGGGCCUUUCCACAUCCCCCUCUACAUUCCAUAUAGCUUGGAGGGGAAAGGGAAGAUGCUCCAGGGAUGUCAUGCAAAUCAUAACCACGAUAAUGAUAAUAAUAGCAAUUAACUUUUAUUUAUUGUUCAUCUCGUGAACUGGAUAAUGGCCCCCAAAGACAUCUACAUCCUAAUGUCCAGACAUGUGAAUUAUCUUACAUGGCAAAAGACAGGUACAUACAUGAUGAAACUAGACUUUUGGGAUGAUUUUGGAUUAUCUGGAUGGGCCCGUUCUAUAACCACAAGGGUCCCUCUACAAAGGGAGAAAGUCAAAAGGAAAGGCACCGUGACAGUGGGAACAGAGCUGGGAGGGGCCGUGAGAUGAUGCAACCUCCCGAGGCCAAAGAAGGCAAGGAAUAGGUUGUUCCCUGAGUGGGGGCCUCCAAAAGGAACCAGCCCUGCCAACCUACCUCACGGUUUGAGGAAUGGAACUGACUGUACUUCUGGCCUCUGGGGUGUUGGAGAAUAAAGUUGUAUUGUUUUAAAUUAAGCCACUGAAUGUCUGCUAAUCUGUCACAGCAGGUAUAUACAGGCAGCUAUGUGGCAGGCGACUUUCCCUAAAUGCUUCACAUAUAGUAACUAACUGAACUUAUACAAGGGUGCUUUAACUGUUGCCCCAUUCUACACAUGAAAAGCUUGAAGUAGAGAGGCUCAGAGACUUUGCACCAAGUUUUGUGGCUAGUAAGCAAAUGAGGUAGAAUUUGAAUCCAGAUUUGGUUUGAGUCACUGCUCUGUCCUGUUUGUAUAAGGAGGACGCUGAGUGUGUGUGUGUGUGUGUGUGUGUGUGUGUGUGUGUGUGUGUAUGCGCACACCCGUGCACAUACUUAUACUGUUACUUAUGCCAGGAUGGAGUACUCAGGCAUUGAGUUUAUUACCUUAUUCUAGGGGUUUGGCAGCUCUAUCCCCAGAACAUAUCCUCAGCCUCCUAUAGUGUCUUUGUGGUUACCAGCCUCAGCCAAGAAACCAUCCCAGGUCUGCCUGUUUCCCUUUCCGUCUCUGCCCCAGAGUCCACUGUCCUCCCUGCAGUGGUCCUUUUGAAG